UUAACCAUAAGAAAGCUGCACUUCGUUAUUGGAGAGUCAGAUGAAAAGAAGGGAUAAGCGAUGCUUUACAUCUAUGGUAUGAUCUUAUCGAAUGGUCUGGUCUUUAAAUUGUUGGUGUCGACAGGCCAUUCUGAAGAUCUCGUCGGUGGGUAGGUAAGGCUUGCAUGUAUGGAUCUUGACCGUGAGGGAUUGCUGGUGAUUCGAGGUAGGGUUAACUACAAGGAAGUGUAGUAUAAGGAGAUUUGAACGGUACUUGGCUCUUGAGUGAGUGGACAAGAGCUUCUUUUCUCUUUUCUUGAAGACCUCGGAAUUCUUUAAUUUGUCGUUCACUCCUUUUGCUCACUCGCUCUGGAAGUUCUUUUUCCUGACAUUCUUUUGAUCGAACUUUGAAAGUUCAAAUCCACUCACUUACUAUCCACGCUCUUUUAUUUCCAUUCUCCGAUCUCUUCCCUACCCAUUUAGGCCAUCAAAUUCACCAUCGCAAAAUGAUCGUCCAAAUUCGCAACGCCGCAGCUCUGGUAGCUCUCACAUCUACCGCCAGCGUUCUGGCUCGUCCUCAUUUCAGUACCCGAGCCACUCAACCAUCAACCGAUCUUUGCGGCGACUAUGAUUAUCUCAUUUUGAACAAUUCGCCAUGGAUUGUGUAUAACAUGUUGUAUAAUGCAAAUCAGAUCGUGGGAAGUCAGUGUACAUAUUAUGAUAGUAUGAUUACAGGUAGUGAUGGGACUGCCGAAGUGAAGUGGAACAGUCAGACGGAUAUUACUUAUGUUGAAAGCACAAACAACGUUCCCAAAGGAUAUUCUUUCGUAGGCCUGACGCAAAACUUGGAAACCCCUCUCACAGGCAUCGCUUCUAUUCCUACAACCUACACCUGGACACGCUUGAACACAACCGCCUUCAAAGGAAACGUGUGCUACGAUUUCAUGACCAACGAUGUUAAAGGUGACUCUACAUCGAGCUCCUCCCAGGAACUCAUGCUCUGGCUCCAGUACGAAGGCGGACAAUUACCUAUUGGGUGGGCUGGUGGAAGCGUAGCUACCAUUGACAAUCUAUUUGGUACAAGCUGGGAUUUGUAUCAGGGUGUUAAUGAUGAUACUGGUAUUACGGUUAGCAGUAUGUUGCCUAAAACUCAGUUUGAGGGAACCUUUGAGGGCGAUUUGAGAGAGUGGUUGGUUGCGCUUGUGGGACAAGGUCUCUUUACUGAGAGUACGUACGUUAAUGUUGGAAAUGCUGGUACCGAAUUCUUCUACGGAAACGCAAUUAUGAAUGCAACCCUUGGUCUCCAAAUUGAUCUUGGUAUAGCCACCUCUGCAGCGCUAAAGUAGCAGCUGUUUCUUCAGCAUCUCCAAGUGCAAGCCAAAUCGCUUCUACUUCCGCGGCAAUUGUUCCAUCCACUAGCUCACCGGCCGUUGCUAUUACUACCUCCGCUUCAUUUGCACAAGCACCAACCAGCACGUCCUUCAUUGCGGCUGUAUCUACAUCAGCAAAAUCAAGCUCAAAAUCUCAACAUGUAGCUACUCCUUCAGCGCCAGUUGUUCAGGGAUCUACCAUCGCUUCUACCUCUGUAGCAAUAUCUACCAGUAUAGCUGCUAGCUCGGUUGCUGGUCUUGAGACCUCUGUUUCCAGUGCUGCUGUUGCUGCCCCAACUUCGGCUGAUGAAGGAGAUGAUGAUGAGUGCGAGAUAAGUGUGUGCUUAGUUUAG